AGUGAUUGUUAUAUAAAUUCAAAUAGCACAGUGUUCACGUGUGUGUGUGUCUGUGUGUGUGUGUGUGUGUGUGUGUAAUUUGCAAGGUAACCAUGACAUUGAAUUUGGGUUGAAGCUACAGGUCAUAACACUUCCUCCAGUGGGAGGUGCAUGACAGCUAUUGAAGGAGAGGUGGAGCUCCAUGAGGUAAAAAAAAAAAAACAUUCAGCAAAUAGGGUGACUACAUAGUAGUAGAAGAAGAAGAAGCAUAGCAGACAAAUAGAAAAGAGAGGAGCGCAUGAAUGAAAAAGACAUGAGUACAGAAGGAAAUCAGAGUACAGGAGGAGGAGGAGAGGUGGACACAAAACCUGGCCAGUCUGGGUGGAAGCAAUUCCAGUGCCCCAUAGCUGAUCCGCACUUUCCUAGGGAAGAUAUAAAGAAGAUAUGGAAGGAGUGUCAGUACGAGAGCUUCUGGUAUCGAGCUGUUCCACUCUCUACUGGCAGCAUGGCUGUGACUGGUGGCCUCAUUUACAGCGUGGCGGGAAUUGUGGGUUACGCAGUAGGCAAAGCUUCUUAUUUUGGGACCUGUAGAGAGAAGUUCAACAAUAAACUGGGACCAGAGUUCGCCAGAGGGUUUGGUCCUCCUGGAUUUAGAGCUGGUGGCUUUAAACCUGGACAUAAACACUGCAUCCAUGUGUGUGAAAAGUGCAAGCAAGAAGAAGCACAGAGCACAGCAACAGUGUCUGAUGCACCCACUCAGAGCUGAGAGUCUUUGGAAUUCGCAGGACACCGCUCAUUACGCCAUGUCAUUUCUUUUUAAAUAAAAAAUAAAUAAAUUAUAACAGAAAUAUUUAGCCCUUUUGAAAAUAAUGCAAAACAAAGCAGCUAAAAUCUUGAAUGGAGCUCAAGCCUUACUAACCAGCAGGGGGCGCCAUGACCAAGAAAUUGUUUUUUUUACAAUUUAUUGACUUGAACUAUAGGUCUGUCAAAUAGAAUAAAUAUUUUAACACUAAGACAUGUAGAGUUUAUACAUGACGUGGAUAUGAACAACGUAACUAAGUAAUGUAUGCUGUUGUAGUCAAAUUAAUCCACCUCAUUAGAUUGAAUAUGAUUCUCUUUUUUAAGUUCUUAUAACGUUACAUUCCAAUGAUAUUUGCUCAGCUUUUCUUUUGUUUAUAAUGUAGAGAAGGGAGUGGAGGUUUCUGUUCAAUUUUAUGAUAGUAAGCAGCUGCCUUUUAUCAGAGCAGAAUCAUAAUAUUGUACUGCAAAACGAACUCAUGAAAAUCGGA